AUGGCACCGGAAUCGGGAAAACCAUCCCCGUGUCCUGAUUUCACGCGGGUCGCUACCGUUAAUCACGACGCUUUCUGCUGGGACGUUGUUUUCAGUAACCCAGCCCGCAGAGUCGGAGAAACACUGGGCUCGCCUUUUUUUUUCGUCAACGGCCACACGUGGGAGCUGACCCUCCACCCCAAACCCACGGUUCCCGAGACCAAGGAUCGCAGAUCGGACCUGGUGUGCGUGACCUUGUUGAGCAAAAAGUACGCGAGGACGCGUUACUGCGUGAGCAUACUUGACAACGAGAGACAAGUUAUUUACUCGUCCGGGGUGCAGGUGACGUUAUUCGAGCCCAAAGUGCCCGUGGGCGUCGACAGGUUUCGCAAGAUUCGCUUCGGUGGAACCGUGGUCAAGGUGUCGGUGUUGUGCGAGAUGUGGCCGGAAAACGGCCCGACCGGACACCUCAGUUGCAAGCACCUCUUCGACAGCAAGGACUUUAGCGACUUGACGGUGUUGGUAGACGGCAGGGAGAUCAGGGCGCACAAGUUGGCGUUGGCAAACAAGAGCGCCGUGUUUGGGGUCAUGCUGGGGCGCACCACUGCGAGUCACGUCACGUUAACGGACGUGGGGCACGAUGUGAUGACGGAGCUGAUCAGGUACGUGUAUUACGGACGAGUCGACGAUAUGGAGAAAAUAACGAAGGAACUCAUGGUGGCUGCAUUCCGAUUCGGUAUGUGGGACUUGAUCGGUGUAUGCGAGACGGUUUUGAUGGACAAUCUCAACAACGCCAAUGUCAGCGAUUACUUGAAAGUAGCCGUUAAGUGCAACGCUCGGUUGUUGAAGGACGAAGCUUUGGAAGAGUUUGUUAAAUCUCCGUAG